GCCCUUGCAUAGUCAGGGUACCAGUUUUGCAAAAAUGAGACGCAGCGCUGCUCGCCUGCUGCGUGGCGUUGGCCAGGCGGUCGCCCGCUCGGGCGAGGUCGCCGAGGCGUCGGCUGUGAAGCUGUUCGACAUCAACGCCAGCCGUGGACUGUCGGCGCAGACGUUGAGCAUGCUCGGCGCUCUGAGCCAUGCGGCCACGCCCCUGCCGAGCGGCUUCGCUGCCAGCGGUAUCCGCUCCAUUUCGGUCGCGGCGCUGCAGCCGAGCGAUGACUUCAAGCCGCGCCACAACAGCGGCACGCCCGCGGAAAUUGACUCCAUGGUCAAGGCCACGGGCUUCGGCUCGCUGGACGCACUCAUUGAUGCAACGGUGCCCAAGGCGAUCGUGCGCAAGGACGGCAUGAACCUGGGCAAGUACCACGAGGGCAUGACCGAGAGCCAGUUCCUGGAGUACUUCAAGGCCAUGGCCAGCAAGAACAAGGUGUACAAGUCGUACAUCGGCAUGGGCUACUACGGGACGCACGUGCCCAACGUCAUCCUGCGCAACGUGCUGGAGAACCCCGGCUGGUACACGCAGUACACGCCCUACCAGGCGGAGAUCGCGCAGGGCCGCCUGGAGUCGCUGCUGAACUUCCAGACGAUGAUCUGCGACCUGACCGGCAUGGCCAUCUCCAACGCCUCGCUGCUGGACGAGGCCACGGCCGCCGCCGAGGCCAUGACCAUGUGCAGCGCCAUCGCGCGCGGCAAGAAGCCCAAGUUCCUGGUGUCGAGCAAGUGCCACCCGCAGACCAUUGCGGUGUGCCAGACGCGCGCUGAGGGCCUGGGCCUGGAGGCGGUGGUGGUGGAUGAGGACAAGAUGGCGUACGCCAAGGACGUGUGCGGCGUGCUGCUGCAGUACCCCGCCACGGACGGCUCCAUCUCGGACUACAAGGCGCUGGUGGCGAAGGCGCACGCCGCCAACGUCAAGGUGUGCGUGGCCACCGACCUGCUGGCGCUCACCAUGCUGGCGCCGCCCGGCGAGUGGGGCGCCGACAUCGUGAUCGGCAGCGCGCAGCGCUUCGGCGUGCCCAUGGGCUACGGCGGUCCGCACGCAGCCUUCCUGGCCUGCCACGACGAGUUCAAGCGCCUCAUGCCCGGCCGCAUCAUCGGCAUGUCCAUCGACGCGCAGGGCAAGCCCGCGCUGCGCAUGGCGAUGCAGACGCGCGAGCAGCAUAUCCGCCGCGACAAGGCCACCUCCAACAUCUGCACGGCGCAGGCGCUGCUGGCCAACAUGGCUGCGCUGUACGCGGUGUACCACGGCCCCGAGGGCCUCAAGACCAUCGCGCACCGCGUCAACGGCCUGGCGUCCGUGUUCGCCGCCGGCGCCGCCAAGCUGGGCCACACCGUGCCGUCGGCGCCCUUCUUCGACACCGUGUCGGUCACGGUGAAGGACGGCGACGCCGACAAGUACGUGGCGCUGGCGCUGAACGAGAAGAUCAACAUCCGCAAGCUGAGCAAGAACACCAUCAGCCUGGCGUUCGACGAGACCAGCUCCGUGGCGGACGUGGACGCGCUGCUGCGCGUGCUCAACUGCGGCCGCGACGCGCCCUUCACCGCCGCCAGCCUGGCGCCGGCGGUUGAGGGCGGCGUGGGCGGCUUCGCGCGCAAGAGCACCUUCCUGCAGCAGCCCAUCUUCAACACCUACCACAACGAGCACGACAUGCUGCGCUACCUGAAGCGGCUGGAGAACAAGGACCUGUCGCUGGUGCACAGCAUGAUCCCCCUGGGCAGCUGCACCAUGAAGCUGAACGCCACGGCGGAGAUGAUGCCCAUCACCUGGCCCGAGCUGGCGGCGCUGCACCCCUUCGUGCCCGUGGACCAGGCCGAGGGCUAUGCGGAGAUGUUCCGCGACCUGUCGGCGCAGCUGUGCUCCAUCACCGGCUUUGACGCCAUGAGCCUGCAGCCCAACUCGGGCGCGUCCGGCGAGUACGCGGGCCUCAUGGCCAUCCGCGCCUUCCACCUGUCCCGCAACGAGGGCCACCGCAACGUGUGCAUCAUCCCCGUGUCGGCGCACGGCACCAACCCCGCUUCGGCGGUGAUGGCGGGCAUGAAGAUCGUGACCGUGUCCACCGACAGCCAGGGCAACGUGAACAUCCCGGAGCUGCGCGCCAAGGCGGAGGAGCACAGCAAGAACCUGGCGGCGCUGAUGAUCACCUACCCCUCCACGCACGGCGUGUACGAGGACGGCGUGGACGAGAUCUGCCGCAUCAUCCACCAGCACGGCGGCCAGGUGUACAUGGACGGAGCCAACAUGAACGCGCAGGUGGGCCUGACCGCGCCCGGCCUGAUCGGCGCGGACGUGUGCCACCUCAACCUGCACAAGACCUUCUGCAUCCCGCACGGCGGCGGCGGCCCCGGCAUGGGCCCCAUCGGCGUCAAGGCGCACCUGGCGCCCUUCCUGCCUACGCACCCCGUGGUGCCCACCGGCGCGCUGCCGUCGCGGCCCGCCGACCCCAAGCCCUUCGGCACCAUGGCGGCGGCGCCCUUCGGCUCCUCCCUCAUCCUGCCCAUCAGCUACGCCUACAUCAGCAUGAUGGGCAGCGCCGGCCUCACCAUGGCCUCCAAGCUGGCCAUCCUCAAGGCCAACUACAUGGCCAAGCGCCUGGCCGGCCACUACCCCGUGCUGUUCACCGGCCCCAACGGCACCUGCGCGCACGAGUUCAUCCUGGACCUGCGCCCGCUCAAGGAGACCGCGGGCAUCGAGGCGGAGGACGUGGCCAAGCGCCUGAUGGACUACGGCUUCCACGCGCCCACCAUGUCUUGGCCCGUGCCCGGCACGCUCAUGAUUGAGCCCACCGAGUCCGAGUCCAAGGAGGAGCUGGACCGCUUCUGCGAGGCCAUGAUCUCCAUCCGCGAGGAGAUCCGCGAGAUCGAGAGCGGCAAGGCCGACAAGGCCAACAACAUCCUGAAGCACGCGCCGCACGCGCCGGGCGUGGUGCUGGCGGACAAGUGGGAGCGCCCCUACAGCCGCGAGCGCGCUGCCUUCCCCGCGCCGUGGGUGCGCCAGGCCAAGUUCUGGCCCACCGUCAGCCGUGUGGAUAACGUGUACGGCGACCGCCACCUCAUCACGCGGUGGGAUAACGGCACCUCUGCCGAGGCCGUGGCCGCGCACGCGUAAGCGUGAGCGCGAGCGUGGGCUUAAGCGGCGGUUGCGGUGGGACCCUACGGCGGCUGUGGCGGUGGCGGUUGGGGCGGUCGUGGCGGUGGUGGUGAUUUGCGAGGCGGAGCUGGAGGUGGGGGCUUGUCUGUGACACGAAUAAGAGCCUGGAGGCGGGGAGAGGAGAGUGUUGAAAGGAGAGGUCUGGUGCGCUUUCCAGGAGGUUCGGACGGUCCGGUGUGGUGCAAUUUAAGCCCACCCGGUGGCAGCAUUUACAGCGGUGGCAGGUGGCAAAGAGAGUCAGUUUGCCAUGAUGCAUGGGCCACGGAGAAUUGAGAGCAGGUUGAGUAGGGCCGGUCGUGCCAGAUCUGCGAGGUGUAAUCGCGUAGGUAGGUCAUAUCAUUUAGUUUUGGUAUCGUGUACGGGCGUAGUGUGCCCGCAGUUUUGUCUUGUCGCGGAAUGUGGGUGGAUCCAUCCUUGAGUGGUGACCAACAGACUCAGGUGUGCCCAAAUGUUGUUAGUUGGGGACAGCAUUCUACCGAAGGUGCAUGCUGAGGCCCCAAUGCUAUUGAUUCCGUGAGCUGUGCUGUGCAAGGUUGGUUUGGCGGAACGCGCGUAGUCAGGCGCAGCCCCAGGAGUGUUGCGCUCGUGCGCGUCCUGUGCUGCCGCGUGUGUAAAGGCGCCUGGACAGUGCCUGGAGCGAGCAUACCCAUAAGGCCAUACGUUUUGGGAAGCACACGGGGAGGGUGGUUGUCCCCGUCAGCACCACAACACGUGCAGCGGUUGUGAGGCGGGGGGUCGUGAAGCAGGCGGUCUCACGUAUCGACGCG